AAUAGAAUCAAAAUAUCAAAAGUUAGGAAUACAAAAAAAAAAUGGUUUGGAAAUUCAGCAGACGGAAGUUGAAAGUGACCAUUCCGGCGUUUUUCAUGGGACCAUCGAACUAUUCACCAAUAUUCAUUUUUAAAUUUGCGACUCGUUAAAUUUUCAAGUUUUUUAAAAUAAAUACUUCAUAGUGAUGAAAAUAGCACCAACCACGUUAAAGAAAUUUAUAUUAAUUCAUAAAGAUUAAUCAUGUUACAUUCACGAAGUGCACGGAACAGAAUCACGAAAUUGUGGACUUAUCUGUAUUAUCUCCCGAAUAAUUUUUGCGAACAUGGUUAUGUAGCUCGACGUCCACGUGGACAUGUGGCGUAUCACCUAGCGAUUAUAUCAAAAUUAUGACUGUGCCCACUCUCAGACUUCUCUCUGCUCAUAGCGAGACGAAUGGGAUCGCAAUCGGUAUGCCAGCAUGAGCGUUCGAGUACGCAGGUCCAAACGUGAUUCAAUGUAUCGAAACGUUCAUGAGCAUACGUGUCUCUCCGGGCGUCGGGAAGAGAAACAGAAAGGAAGAAGAAUUGAUGGAAGGUACAGGAGGCACAGCCGACAGAAAUCGAUCCGUUGAUCACGUUGCGUUACUUUGCAACAUACAUUUUCCCGACCAGCCGCACCCUAGUUGUUGCCAUCGAGUUCACCCGAGUUCUGCUAUGUCGAGGUUAGGGACUGUUUACCUGUCAAACUUGCGACGUCGGGGGGAAACGUAGGCGAAACAUGAGAGAGAUCUGAGGACGGAGUGACGGGACGCUCGCGCGGAGAUCAUGUUUUUCCCCGUAGGAUGGCCGCGGGUUCUCAACACCUGCGAGCAGGGCAGGAUAAACGCGGUGGUGUGCAACAGAGACAAAAUCAUGUUCGCCGUCCUCACCGCGGAUGCCCUCGUCAUCUGGUACUGCAAGCCUUGUGUACCAAUUGUAUUUAGCAGACGGUCUACGAAUUCUUUAUUACAACACGGUGAGAAUGUCUUGGUACAAUGGAGACCAGAUUCGAGUAUGCUGGUUAUUGCAACGUCAGACAGUUAUCUAUUGUUCUACCGACUCUCGGACAACAGUGCAGAGAGUCGAGGACUUUAUGAGCAACGAGAUUCACCAGUUACCAGCUUAAAACGGGAUAGUGCAGAAUUAUUUAUUAAAGAAGUCAUUCCAUCCCUCGUUCUAAGCUUCGAAAAGUCGGCUUGGAUCGAUGGUGGGAUCAGUUCGUUAGUUUGUAUACGAGACGAGCUUAUGAUAGCGACCAAGACUAGCCAUGUGGUGCGCCAUAAAUGGGAUGGCACUAUGAAUCGCGAUUACUCUUUAGACUUGAGACGUAUACCGUUCAGUAUUGACCAGCAGAUUUCUACAGUGGCUGUACCACUUACGGAGAACAACAUUUACGUUACUGAUAUUGAAUAUUCGCCUCUCGUUGGGGGUUUUGCUAUUGUGCUUAACAAUGGCAAGGCUGCGUUUCUCACUGCUCAAUCUUUGAAAUUUGAUCCUAAUCAAGUGCAGGGAAUUUGGGCUCAGGAUGUGGAUGAUGCUACUUGUGCCGCUGUUAAUCAUAAAUAUCGAUUAAUUGCCAUCGGUAGGCAAAACUCUGAAGGUGUCGUUUAUUAUGUCGAUGAAACAACCGGCGGUUUAGAAAUGUCGCAUACUCUGAGUCUAUCUUCCAAAGAUUAUCCAGGUCGACCAGGUAGCGUUAAGUGUCUUAGAUGGACGCCCGACAGUUGCGCUAUUGCUCUGGCUUGGGAAGGCGGCGGCUUGGCACUGUGGAGUACCUUUGGCGCUUUGUUGCUUUGUAGUUUGAAGUGGGAUUACGGCCUACGCGUGGACCUGACGCAUGAUAAUCCUUUGCAUAUCCAUACAAUGGAAUGGUCUGCAGAAGGUUAUCAGUUAUGGAUGCUGCGAGAAUCUCCAGGAUCUCUGAUUAUCAACGAAAAUGGUAACAAAGCGACCAAUUUAAGUCGCUCUCUCAUCCAAUUGGAUUUCGCUAAAAGUCCUCUGACCAUUAACCCGUGCAUGGGCCAUCACGGACAUCUGUAUCUUCAAGGCGAGGAUAGACUGUAUUUAAAUUUAGGUGCUGGACUAUCUUCGACAGCUUCGGGUUUUCAUCUUACCCCCGAAAUGCCCAAUGAUAGUAUGCUUCAGACACUCGCUGGCUGUAAACAGUGGCUCGUUGUGCCUAUUCCGACUGCGUACAGUGGUUCUAAUUGGCCAAUUCGGUAUACUGCAAUAGACAGCGAGGGUAUGAGUCUUGCAGUAGCCGGUCGAACAGGGUUAGCACAUUAUUCGCUACCCUCGAGAAAAUGGAAGUUGUUUGGCAACGAGAGCCAAGAACGGGACUUUAUAGUAACUGGUGGACUGCUAUGGCAUAAAGGAUAUCUGAUAGCUAGCAGUUAUUCUAUAUUAGACGAUAAAGAUGAGAUUAGAAUUUAUCCUCGCGAUACUCGGCUUGAUAAUAAUUACGUUAAGAGCGUCAGGAUGCCCUCGCAGGUGUUAUUAUUGAAUACGAUGAAAGACAGACUUUUAACUUUCUGUGCCAAUGCUCAAAUUAGUAUUUACGAUAUGGUGUUGCAAAAUAAUGUGGAAGCUGGCGGUAUCGAGUUAACGAGAAUACAAACCGUGGACAUUAGUGGUCUGUGCGUACAUCCCGCUUGCGUGGUUAGCACCACGUUGACAUCGAUUCGCGCGGAGACUGCUGGUAGUCACCCUCAUCCUGAGAGUCUUUUAUUGAACGUAUCUGGACGUCUUCUUAUGGUCCAACGUGAACAUUGUACCGAUAAUUCAGAAGUUCUCUUUACUUGUGGUGCACCGACGGUAUUAGCAUCCUAUGUCGAAAAUGUUUGGGUGCCGUCGCGCUCAAGAAGGGACAAGCCACACUUAACCGAGGCUCUAUGGUUGUUCUGUGGAGCUCACGGCAUGCGAGUUUGGUUGCCGUUAUUUCGUAAUCAUCAAGAGAAAGCACAUGCUUUUAUGAGCAAGCGGAUAAUGCUACCAUUUCAUCUGCGCAUUUAUCCAUUGGCAAUUCUCUUCGAGGAUGCGAUUCUACUCGGAGCCGAAAACGAUACCGUGCUGUUCACAUCGGAUACUAACUCACCCUUUUCACUGCCCUUCAAUUUAUUGGAACUUACGAGUCAAGUGUAUCUACAUCAAAUUCUACGUCAGCUAAUACACCGAAAUUUGGGUUAUCAUGCAUGGGAAAUAGCGCGUUCGUGCUCCGCAUUGCCGUACUUCCCGCAUUCGCUAGAACUACUGCUUCACGAAGUUCUCGAAGAGGAAGCGACAAGCAAGGACCCUAUUCCGGAUGCUCAAUUGCCGUCCGUCGUGGAGUUUAUCCGCGAAUUUCCCGGUGUUUGGGCCAGAGCUGUCGUGCAAUGCGCUCGCAAGACCGAAAUCGCACUUUGGCCGUAUCUGUUUUCCGUUGCCGGUCCACCAAAGAAGCUGUUACAAGAUUGUUUGCAACGUCAGCAACUUGAUACCGCCGCCAGUUAUCUGAUAAUUUUACAAAAUUUAGAACCAUCUUCUGUUAGCAGACAGCAUGCUACAUUAUUGUUAGACGCAGCACUGGAGCAAGGUAGAUGGGAACUAUCGAGGGAUCUUGUGAGAUUCCUCAGAGCGAUAGAUCCAAAUGAUGUGGAGUCACCACGUACAUCGUGGAGUGGCAGUGCUAAACUGGUAGGUCCUCCCCAAACACCACCUGUUUCUCCACAUGAGGAUGACUUGUCCUUAGUUUUGGGUACUAUGCAAGUUUCGAGGAGUCGCAGUUAUAGUACCACAGUUACGCCUAAAGUGCAAUCCGAUAAAGACGUCGCGCCGUCUUCUAUGCUCGAGAAAACCCGGAACGUCGUUAUGAGGCGAAAGAAAUCGGUACCGACAGUGAAAACUAGUGAGAAAACUGAAAAUAAGGAAGGAUCGGCAGAAGAAUUUUUCAUUGAUGUCAUUUUACAACGUCAUGCCCGACGGCUGCUUUCAGCUCGCCGUCUAACCGAUUUAGGUAGAUUCGCGGCACGUCUCGAUUUCCAUCUAGUAACGUGGUUUGCUCGAGAACGUGAUAGAGCAGCAAAAAUCGACGAUUACGUGGCCACUUUGAAAGCAGUCCAUGAAGACUUUGCAUUUCCAUAUCCGACACUUUCGUUGCCAACGCUGCAGAAAUUUCGAAGAUCAAGUCUCACCUCUCUGCAUUCCAUAAUAUCCGAUGACGAAACUUUGUCCCCGAACUUGGUCGUUGAUGUACCUGACAGCGGAUACACUAGUCUUCCAAGCGGUAGGCCACCGUAUACGACGUUGGUCUCACCCGUCGCCAGCUUAGAAACCCAAUUUCCAACUGCGGAAGCCAAAUUAACGCCGAAUCUGAUAAAUGAUGCCAACAGUGUUCUCAGUGAUACUAGUACAAUCUGGAGAGAUGAUGCAGAAUCCAUAGUUGGUUCUGUGUGCUGGGUUUCAGAAUCAGUGGGACCCACAGAAGCAAAUCCAAACUCAUCAACUUCCGCGCCAAUUGGUCGAGCGGAAGUACAACUUAGAUAUUUACUACAAUUAUUUCUUGAAGGCAGUUGUUUAGGAUGGGCUGCAGUAGUAGCUACUGUCCUUCGAGAUGCGGCGGCAAUGGCUAGAACUAUCAGAACGGCACAUGCACCGAUGCAAACUUUUGACUCUAUAAUUAAUCUAAGAGAUGGAUUACUCACAUUGACAAAGUGGUCUCAUUCAGAAUGUUUGGGAUAUCGUCCCUUCAUGUCCAACAUUCAAAGCCAGAUAUCGUUGUUGAAUAGACUAGUGAUUAUUAAACAACAACAGGAACAAGAACAGAUACCGGAAAGCCCUUCGCCGAGCCCAGCUCCGUCUGCCGGUAGUAAUCAACGUGGUACUCUCUCUCGCUCGAGACAUUCUUCAAUUAGUCAUGCUUCCAAUACGGCUCCACUUGAAGAAGAACGCUCGCACGAAUCACUCUUGACCGUCGAGGAAUCAGCGUUUCAUGGAAGUUACAAUAAUAAUCUCAACGUCACGGAGGACACAUCGCCGCAGAGCGCUUGCACAAUCUCUUAAGGAUGCUUUGUAAAGCUCCGAAAACUAAGGCUGUCCACUUCACCGUGUAUUUUAUACAUACCAAUGAAUUGUUUUCAUUUAAGCCGAAGUUUUAUGAAAGAUAUAUUACUCGAUUUCACGCACGUAAAGAUCCCGUCUAUCAUAUAAUUAUUUCAAAGAGAUUUUAUUUUAACUUUAAUUAAAAAAGGCCUUG